AUGAGCAUGAGCUACGAGACCUUGAAGCCGGGCGAGAGGUAUGCGUCGGGGGACGGCCCCGUCGAAGAUGAGAACCUGCAGUCGGCACUGCUGAACCACGUCUGCCUCAACAUCAGCGAGCCCAAGCGCUCGCUCGACUUCUACAAGAGUGUUCUUGGCUUCUCGAGUCUCUUUUCGUGGAACAUCGGCCCACAGACUGUCUUUUUUCUGGGCCACCGAAAAGCAGCCACGAGCCAGGAGGACUUUCUCAAGGGCAUGCAGGGCUCUGCUGGCCUGCUGGAGCUCCUGUGGAUGCACGAUGCCCAGCCAGACGCGGGAGCGGUGACGCCACCCCCCAGGGUCGGCUUCUUCCACAUUGGCAUCACUGUCGACUCGGUCAGUGACAUUGCUCGCAAGGCCAGGGAGUUUGGCUCUACAAUCAUCAAGGAACCGGGCCCGGUGCAGGACGAGACCAAGCUGGGCCUUCCUGCAGGCACACCUAGUGUGGAUGCCAGCUGUCACAAGAUUCUCUCCAAAGUGGCUUACAUCGCAGACCCGGACGGCAACUGGAUCGAGCUCGUUCCCCGCAACAUUCAUGCUUGA